AUGUCUAAUCACGGAAACACUACAGGAGUCAAUGAAGGACCCUCAUCCUUCGAGUCAGCCAGCACUGGAAGUUCUGUUGCCCACUCAACAUCUGAGACCCAUUCAAAGAACAACGCCAGCUCUUAUGAGACAUUCGCCGAUCUCCCUGUUCAUCGUCAAAUUGAUCUCGCUGACCGUUCUGGAUUUACCGUUAGACAAUUAACCAUUGCCAACAUACCAGUUUGUUCCGAAGGAUGUGAAGCUGAAUUAAAAGUCUUAGCAGACUUGACAGCUUACAUUAGAAACUCAAACUUCAAAGCUAGUCCUCCCCCAUCUCAAAAUCGUCGAGCUACUGCUGGUGGUUGUCGGUUCAUUCAAGACCUUAACCAUAUUUCUGCUGUUGAAAAUGGCAAAACUCGAGUCCACGCCAUUGCCAUGGGUGACUUGUACUUUUGUCGUUUCCGAGUUGUUUUGCCUUCCAAGCCAGUCCAUGAGGUGUUUGCUGUUGAGUCGUCUGCCAAUCUUUGGCACAAGCGACUUGGUCACGCCAGUGUGGACGUUCUCAAGAAAUUAUCUAAGUCACUUUCUGUCAAGCCUACUCAUUUUGAGAUUGUGGAUAGUCAUAAGUGUGACGCUUGCUUGGGUGGCAAAGCCACAGCAUUGCCAUUUAAUGGUACCACAGAAAAAGCUAGUCGUCCUUUGGAGUUAUUUGUUUCUGAUUUAAGCGGUCCUCAUGUCGCUACCCCUGUGGGUCAUCGUUAUGUCUUAACCAUUAUGGAUUAUUAUUCCAGGUACUCUUAUGUGGAGUUGUUGGUUAGGAAAAGUGAUGCAAGUCUUGCCAUUCGUAACUUUAUUGCUAGGUGUGAAUCUUAUUUUUCUGGUGAUUCUGCUGGUGAUCGAGUUGCAUAUUUUCAUUCUGAUAAUGGCGGCGAAUACAUUUCCAAAGACCUGGAGCAGUUCUUUGUGUCUAAGGGUAUCAAGCAUACUUAUACAGUUCCUCAUACUCCUCAACAAAAUGGUGUUGCUGAGCGAUUGAAUCGCACAUUAUUUGAGAAAGCCAAGUCUAUGCUUUUAUAUGCUCAUGCUCCUGAAUACUUAUGGGGUGAAGCUGUCAAGUCUGCUAAUUAUAUUAGGAACCGUCUUCCUAGUCGUACGACUGGUGGUGUUGCACCUCUUCAACUUUGGACUGGUAAACCUCCUAGUUAUCACCAUAUGAAAGUAUUUGGUUGUCAAGCUACAGUUGUUCUUCCUGGUGCUAAAAGAGAAUCUAAGUUAAGUUCAAAUACUGAAGCUGGUGUUUUUGUUGGGUAUUCUUUGGAUCGUACAGCUUAUCGAGUUCUUCUUGAUUCAAGCAUUGUUGAAGCCAGGAGUGUUUACUUUGAUGAGUCCAAGUUUCCAUUUAUGAAAAGUGAUAAGGACUUGUCUAUUAAUGGCACUGGUGUUGGGUUUAGUGUUGGUUCUGGUUCAGGGUCCAUGUCAGGACCUUGUUUUGAUUCUAAGGGGACUGGUUUAGGAUCUAAUGUUAGGGUUAAUUCUAUUGCUAGUUCUGAUUCAAGUUCUGGUUCUAGUUUUGGGUCUCAUAGAUCUUUACCAGCAUCCUCAUCUGGUUCUGGUUCUGGUUCUAUUUGUGCUUUACCGUCUCCGUCUCCGUCUUCUUCUCCGUCUCAUUCUCCGUCGCCUUCUUCUUCUUCUUCUAUUAUUGUUCAUAAGCCUCGUUCUGUUCGUCGCAUUUUGUCUACACCUUCUGCUCCUCUUGAGUCUCCUACUCUUCCUUCUAUUGCUUCAGUUCCAUCUCUUCCUAGUUCUCCUAUUCUUCCACCUUCAGAUCAUGAUGUCUCUAUCUCUCCUGACUCAAGUCCAAUUGUUUCUUCUUCGGAAUAUAUUCCUUCACAAUUAGACUUAUCUGAAGCUGGUCCAUCUAUUAAUGAAUCUGAUAUUUCAGGUGAUUCUGGGAUCUCGCAACGAGGGGGUGAUAUUGGGUUUCAACCGUCUAUCAUUGCUUCGUCUCCCACUCCACCACCUUUUGUUGAGUUGGAAGUAGUGCCACUUAGUCAAGAAUCUCCUUCGUCUGAUCUUGUUAAUUCUCUUGACCAAGCUGGUGUUAGUGUUGUCACUAAGGAUGAUACUCAAGCUGUUUUGCCUAAAUCUCGAUCUCGUGUUGUUGCUGUUCGUUUACCUUCUAUAACUCCUGCCAAACGUCCGAGUUCUGAUGACAUUGUUUCACCUCCUUCUAAACAUCUUUGUGAAAAUUCUUUGAAACAAUCUCCAGUGUCUGCAACACCUGCAAAACGUCCAGCUGAAGAAGAGUGUAUUUCUUAUCGUCGUCUCAAAUCUCUUCGUUUUGAGUAUGAUGAUGUGGCUUUACUUGUUUUUACAGAUCCUAGUAGUUUUGAAGAAGCUAUGUCUAGUGAAGAAGCUGAGUUUUGGCUUGAAGCCUGUGUUAUUGAAAUGUCGUCUCUUAAACGCAAUGGUACUUGGGAAUUGGUUGAUCUCCCACCUGGUCGCAAGGCUAUCAAUAGCAAAUGGGUAUUUAAAGUUAAGCGCAAAGCUGACGGUUCAAUUGAACGUUACAAAGCUCGUCUCGUGUGUAUUGGAUUUUCGCAAGUUGAAGGUAUUGAUUAUACUGAAACUUUUUGCUCCCGUUGUUCGUUACGAGACUGUGAGGAUUGUUCUUGCUAUUGCUGCUCAGUUUGGGUUCCAGGUUCAUCAUAUGGAUGUCGAGACUGCAUUUCUUAA